GCAUUACCAGCCACGGCCCUGUUACGCCUGCCGAUGCCAUUCUCUAUACAACUGUCAUGGCAAAGAUGAUUGAGCUGUCCUUUGUCACGGCAUUUGUCACAUUUCUCGGCCAAGUACUCAGCCGGAGAGCGUUCAUGAAAGACCAUGGGCGUGGUGUAACACUGUCAGAACUGAGUAUGUGGAGAUGGGUAGUGCAGCCAGGCACCCUGAUAACAUCUUGGGAGUCUGCCAAGUACGCUGGAUUCUCUUUUCUGGGAAUCCUGAGUCUGCUGAGCGCCAUCUUGGCGACAUUGUACUCUUCUGCUGCUGCUGCAUUGGUUCAGCCCAUGCUGCGAGACGGCAACUGGGACAAUGGCUUGGUACUUGCUGGGCGUGUCAAGAGCGAUUUUGCAAACAUCAACUACCUGAAGAAGAUGUGCCUGACGCCUAUCCGCACUGACCAAGCUCACCAAGGCGAAACAUGCGUGCAGAUGGAACACGCAGGCCAAGGAUACCACAACUUUCAGCGUUACCUGGCUGAUUGGGAUUUAUCCGCUCGCAAUGGAAACGGCACCUCGGAUUUGCAUCUUCGACCUCAGGGCUUCGGGCUCUUGUACGAAAAUACUACCGUCACAGGGCAAUGGAUCAACAUGGUCAAUACGAGUGUGGUAUCGAAAAAGUAUGGUAGGGUAAUCAAUAACAUUACCAUGGCGAUGCCGCACUCGGGCGUAUUCGCGGCGGCCCGUGAUGAAAGGAACGGGAUUCUGCAGCCGGCGGAGCUCAAUUCCGAGGGCACUUAUUCGCUACGGGCAGCGGUACCUUCGCCCGUCAUCAAUGUGUUGUGCGCCAAUAUGAAUGCGACGGAACUAGCGCCCAUCGUUUACGACACAUGGAAUACCACCGACGUAGUCAACAUCACCACAUGGGUCACUGUUCCGGGUAUCCGAGACAACGCAACCACAACAAGCAAGACGGUCGUCGACGAAAUCUUUGGUUGGAAUACUAGUGAGACGACGUCGACAAUCAACUGGCCACCCGUGUUUGGCAGAUACCCUGCUCCAUUCAACACUGUAUUGAACCACACGAGCAAUCAAUGGGGUCGACCGGCCAUUUACCUGCUGGGGCAAGGUGGCCCCGACGACAUGGGCCCCGACGGCACAGGCAUCUACUCGCUAUGCAAGCUGCAAGUCUCUAUUGCAACCGGGUGCAGUACGCGUCAUAAUGUCACGGGGUCUGGCGGAACCAUGGAGGCGCUUUGCGGGGAGCCAAACGACAAGAUGGCUUUUGUCGAGACGGAAAAAGAAGCGAGCAAGAACACGCAGGGCGUGGCCAACUGGCGCGACAUAGGGACUGACUGGGCAAACAGUCUUUCGUUGGGGACGGGCCUCAUGGACGCCAAUGCAAGCACUUCGAGGCUACUGACACAGCUCAUUCUGAAGCCCAAGGGUCAGGUUGGAGACAAUAUUGACGUGGAUCUGAGCCCUGCGUUGCCUAGCCUGGCAGAAGCCUUGGCGGUUCUGUCUAGCUGUACGUUGCUUUUGAGCAUGGUGGAUACGCCGUUUGUCACUUUUUGGAACUACACGUAUCCCGCGCUUGACGAGUACCAAACACAGUACUUCAACGCCUCGCUCAAAGCCCAACAGUAUGCAUCCGGAGGCAUGCCCGGCGCCAACAAAGCGUGGAUCAUCAUUCUCGCGCUCGUCUUCAUCAUGAACAUAUUUGUUCUCGUCUACUUCAUCCUGCACCGCGGCCUGGUAACGGAUUUUUCGGAACCACCGAAUUUGUUUGCCCUGGCAGUGAAUUCGCCGCCCUCGCAUGUGCUAGCUGGGAGUUGCGGCGGCGGACCUCAGGGCGAGCAAUACGGGGUGAAUUGGUUUGUUAAUCACGCAGGCAGCCACUUGUACAUGGAACCGGGUGAGAAGCAGCAUGUCGUCAGUGGACAUGGACAUGGACAUGUGCACGGUGAUGGGCAAGGCCAGGGCCAUGUCGACGAUGCUUCGCCCCGCGUAAUCAACGGGGUUCGUGGGUUUGCCGCGUCAGUGGUAGAGGCGGUGAAGCGGGCGUUGGGAAUCAGAGAGCAACAGGCGCCGAGCAAGCUGAGGGGGGUGAAUGCAACGGAGAGUCUCAGGGCGCCUGGCAAAGUAAGCCCGGGCAGCACGGGGUCGGAUUACGAAAUGGAAGACGGGCUGACGAGGACGUCGAGGCAGUACCAGAAGCUGUCCAAGCGGCGGAGUGUGCUUUGAGGCAGUGAAGCAGCCAAGCAGCCCAGCCCAGCACAGCCUGCUGAGGGGCUCGGGAGGGGCGCGGCACGCACUGUAAUGUUU